CGUGAUCGUUGACCCGGAAGUGUAUGUCUCAAUGUGACUUACCAGUUUGGAAAAUAGAGUAAUGCUUUAUUACUACGAAUGUAAUAAGUCUUGCUGAUUUUUUGGAAAUAUGUUCCUUACGUCCGUGAACUUGGCCAAGGCAAAAUCAAAGAACAUCCUGGUGCAGAUGGUGAGUGCUGCAGGGACAGGCUACUUCUUCAACACCAAGAGGAACCGUCUCAGAGAGAAACUAGUACUUCGCAAACAUGAUCCAUUUGUGAACAAGCACGUCCUGUUCUUUGAGAAGAGGAAGAUCAGAUCCAUCUAAAAAUGGACUGGAAUAUGUGGACCGUUAACCUGUAAUGUUUCCAACAGACAUUGUCAUAUUUGUCCAUAUCCUGGGAGUCUGAAAGCUUCCAAAGGCCUCCACUCUACCCCACAACACAUGGUCAGGAUGAUAACAAACUUCAGAAAUGAAUGCAACAAAACACCAAACUUCCAUGUUGGUAUAAAAUAUUUAUUAAUUUGGCGAGCCUCCACAGUCAUGUCUUUUUCUAUACUGGAUAACUUCUUUUAGAGUCAUUAAAAAAAACAUAAUAAAUGACAUAAAGAGAGUUUUGUGCCUGUUCAUGUCACCAUUACACAUUCGUGUGCAUUACUUCAUCUGGCACCACAUUGUGUAUUUAAGUUGUUCUGUAUGCUCUAUAUACAUCAAUGGUCCUUCAAUAAAUGGUGAGAGGGCUCAAAAGCAGCGCAUUGAAUUAAACAGGCGAGAUUAUGUCAAGUUAGAUUCAUAUUUCUAUUGCAGCUCUCAGAAGAGCUCAGCUGCUAAAUCCUUUUUAUGUGGAAAAGACGUCUGCGUGCCCAUGGCCUGCACGCUCACUCCUGCCACUUGACCUGCUCUCCGGGCCGCCUCCUCCAGUUGCAUGGUGGGAUAAUGAGCCAUGUAAAAUGCCAGCGCUCCAAUGAAGCUGUCUCCUGCACCCUGAGGAGAAGACAUAAUGGAUCGAUGUGUGCUGUCUUGCAAAAUACUGUACUUUUCACAGUACACACGUACUACACAGUAAUGUACAGCACCAGUGGCAUUUACUAUUUAGGAAUGACAACUACCUGUAUAUUCUACACAUUACCUCCAUUUUCAGUAGCUCAACGCUAUUUGGGCAAUUUACAUAACUACAAAUAACCAUGAUUUUUAUAAUCAGUGUUUGUUGAUGGUCUUCAAUGAUUGCAAAUUUCCAUCCAAGUAUUAAAAUGUAUUUAUCUAUUAAGGAGACUAAUAAUAGACGCUCAUUUUCUCCACUCAGAAAUCUGUCACCAGUAGGGGGUGCUGUGGCACAUGACCCGUGCUGUUCGUUGAAUUUGUCUUUGAAUAUUAGACGUCAUUACGCAACAUGUGAGUGUUAACUUAUUCCAAUCAAAAGCAGCCCUGUGAUAUUUAGAUUGUCUACCAUGAAUUGAAGAUGUGUUGCAAACCUGCUUAAAAAGAAAUAAAU